UAUGGCCAGAAGUAAGUGCGACAGAGACCAGUUUUGUUGUACAGUGUGUUACCUGCGUGCGUAAAAAAGAAGAUUCGCGCCAAAACAUAGCAUCAGCACUACGCCGGUUCCGAGUUCCGAUUAUUAUUCUACUAUUUUGUUGUUUCAUCCCAAAAGUUUGGUAUUAUUUGGAGUAUUCUUAAGAAACUUUUGCACAUGAGCUCCAACGUAGGAACUAUUUACAUCUGGAAGGAAACACCCAAGGCAAUAGUGAUGAUUUCUUCUCGCUUGUGCAUAUUUUGACUAUCAAAAGGAAUACAUGGAGAAGUACCUGAAAAUUGAGAAGAUUGGGGAGGGCACAUAUGGUGUCGUUUACAAAGCCCUUUGCAAGAAAUCGAAGAAAUGGGUUGCCCUCAAGAAGAUUCGACUUGAAACUGAGUCGGAAGGUGUUCCCUCAACGGCCAUACGUGAAAUUUCACUUCUUAAAGAGUUGACUCAUCCAAAUGUUGUCCAGCUGUUAGAUGUGGUGCAUUGUGAGAAAAAACUAUUUCUGGUCUUUGAGUUUCUCACAUAUGACCUUAAAAAGUACUUGGACUCCUACAAAGAUACAUUACCACCUGAUCUUGUUAAGAGUUAUUUGCAGCAGCUUCUACAAGGCAUUUCAUACUGCCAUCAGAAUCGCAUCUUGCAUCGAGACCUGAAGCCGCAAAAUCUUCUCUUGGACACAGAAGGUUACAUCAAGCUGGCAGACUUUGGACUAGCACGGGGUUUUGGUAUGCCAGUUAGAGCCUACACUCAUGAAGUUGUUACCUUAUGGUAUCGAGCUCCAGAAAUUUUACUAGGCACCAAGCUUUACUCCAUGGCUGUGGACAUUUGGAGUCUUGGCUGCAUAUUUGCAGAAAUGACAACAAGGCGUCCAUUAUUUCCUGGUGAUUCAGAGAUAGACCAGCUAUUCCGGGUGUUUCGCACAUUAGGAACUCCAGAUGAGUCAAAGUGGCCAGGCGUGUCACAACUCCCUGAUUACAAAUCAAUGUUCCCAAGAUGGGAUCCUCAGGAUAUGAAAGAAGUGCUUCCCCUGAUGGAUGAAGAAGCUGUUGACCUGUUUUUGAAAAUGGUUACCUAUGACCCCAGCAAACGGGUAACAGCUGUAGAAGCCAUGAACCACAGUUAUUUGAAGAAUGUUAAGUUUAUUCCUCCCCCUGCUUUACCUCAUGAAGAUGACUCCUGCAGCGGUGUUUCAUCUCGCGGAACAUCAGAACUCGAUCGCCAUGGUUAGGGUUAUAAAUGUGAUAAGAUUGUACAUUUAGCUAGUUGUCCUUCUAGUUAAGCACUUUUUUAAAAAAUCGUGUCCUUGCUUUUAGAUUUGAUUUUAUAUUUGAUGUGAUACCUUACCAUUUUAUCGGUUUUAUAACUGAAGAUUUUUUUGUCCAAUGAACUCUGGACCCUGGGAUUUAAUUUUAGCUUUUGGUGUUUUGCAUGGAAACUUGUGCUUCAUGCUUUCAAUGAUUUGAUUGUAGCUUUAAACUUUAUGUGCCCAGAAUACUAGUUUAUGUGAACAUUUUGACUUGAAUAUAUUGACUUAAAAAUAUGAA